CUAAACACAUCGGACAUAAUAAUUACUACUUAUUUCUGAAAGGGUGUGAUCUUAGUCGCUACUUGAAAUGUAAUGGGGGCGACAGGAGAGAAAAGGCGCAAUACGAGUAAUAAAUUCGUCCAGUUUUCUGACUUUUUUCACCCCAGAAUACGUAUAACAGGAUAGAUAAGGGAAAACAUUUGGGGAAAGAGUUAAGAGGUUUACCUGCUUCUGUAAACGUCAGUAUGUCCGUGCAUCUGGCCGUGCAAUCAAGGGUGGCAAGUCCAACUUUGAGGAACGGGGGUGGUCUUUAAUUUUAGACAAUUGGCGAUACGUGUGAGGAUGCUCGGUAUAGCAGCUCGAAAUGCCACACCGUCGCCAGACGCGAAUGCAGCAUUUUCACGUGGAUUAUGAAGCAUUUGAUAUUUUGCAUCUGUUUUACAAUAACAAGUGUUGGUAGUUUAGACUGCCGUGUAAUAAUUUUUAGCAGAUCCUCAGCACUACGUUCGCACUGCGUGUAACACUAAACUGUGGAUUCCUGCUAUAACGAACAUGACAAGCAGAGUGCUGGGUUAUUUCCUACUUUUGUCGAUCUGCUCUACGCGUUCCCAGACCCUCGAAUAUGAAGAGGAAUAUGAAGAUGUUACAGUAAACCAAAUGCUGGCACCCAAAACUCAACAGAGAGACGCGACACAAAUAUUGAACAAUUUACUGAAAGAGUAUGACAAGAAACUUCGGCCGGAUAUCGGGAUUAAGCCGACUGUCAUAGACGUUGACAUAUACGUGAACAGCAUCGGACCUGUGUCAUCAAUUAAAAUGGAAUACCAAAUCGACAUCAUUUUUGCCCAGACAUGGACUGAUAGCCGCCUUAGAUACAACAGUACGAUGAAAAUAUUGACUUUGAACAGCAACAUGGUUGGGCUAAUCUGGCUGCCUGACACCAUAUUCAGGAAUUCCAAAAACGCAGACGCUCAUUGGAUUACAACACCCAAUCAGCUGCUCAGGAUAUGGAAUGAUGGGAAGAUACUGUACACACUAAGGCUGACCAUCAAUGCUGAGUGCCAGCUGCAGCUCCACAACUUCCCCAUGGACGAGCACUCCUGCCCUCUCAUCUUCUCCAGCUAUGGAUACCCUCAAGAUGAGAUGGUGUACAAGUGGAGGAAGAAUUCUGUAGAAGCUGCAGAUCAAAAGUCAUGGAGACUUUACCAGUUUGAUUUUAUGGGCUUACGAAAUACCACAGACAUAAUGAAAACUUCUGCAGGUGACUACGUGGUGAUGACGGUGUACUUUGAUUUAAGCAGAAGAAUGGGCUACUUCACCAUCCAGACCUACAUCCCAUGCAUUCUUACUGUGGUCCUCUCAUGGGUCUCCUUCUGGAUUAAAAAAGACGCUACACCAGCCAGAACAGCACUGGGCAUAACAACAGUGUUGACCAUGACCACACUAAGCACGGUGGCUCGGACGUCUUUGCCCCGCGUCUCCUACGUGACUGCUAUGGACCUCUUCGUCAGUGUCUGCUUCUUGUUCGUCUUUGCAGCUCUGAUGGAGUAUGCCGCCUUGAAUUAUUACUCCUAUAGCACACGUAAACCAAGCUGCAGUAAGGCCAAAAGAUCGAACUAUUCAGUGCUUGACAUGGGACCUCCCCCAACUCUCAUCACCCUAAACAAUUCCUUGUACUGGCAGGAGUUUGAGGAAGCCUGUGUCUAUGACUGCUUGGAUGGAAAAGACUGUCAGAGCUUCUUCUGCUGCUUUGAGGAGUGUAAAGAAGGAUCAUGGAGGAAAGGACGGCUUCAUAUAGAUAUCCUAGAACUAGAUGCCUACUCCCGUAUCUUCUUUCCUACAUCAUUUCUGUUGUUCAACGUCGUCUACUGGGUUGGCUACCUCUAUCUUUAGCUGUCUCCUGUUAUGAAGAGGAGUUGGAUGCGCCCAGUUUUACAGAGGAAUGACAGAAAGACAGAAAAAAAAAAUCUUGUGCACAAGCAACAAAAACAGCUCACUGCGUUCACCACAAGAAUGCCAAUAACGAUAGCUAUAAAAAGGUUUGAUAUGAAAAAGGCAACCUAAUUCUCGAAUUUCUUCAAAAGUUAUAGAGAAACUUGGGAAUUGCUAACUUGGUCAGGAUGGUAAUCAGUGGGCUGUUUUAUUCUGAUGUUUCCCAACUGGAGUUUCUUCCUUGGACUUCAGGUACCAGAAAUAAAAACACACGCAAACAUCCGAAGUUCCUGGUUCCUAUUGAUGAUUACGAGAAUAUGUAAUAAUAACGUUAGAACAUAAUAACUUUUUUUUUUUUUAAAUGAACUUUACAAGUGCAUUCUGUAUGUUCCCAACGGAAAAUGAAAACCACACAAAACCCCUGUAGUCAUCUCUGACUGGUCUGUUUCCAGCUCCAAGGUAGACCACAUCGUCCACAGUGCCUUCGUCUGGAGUGGCAGUCAUCUGCUCACGCAGAGGCACCAAAUCAAAGGCAAGGGUGGGACACUCUUCGGUAGCCCAUGCAACUUCACUCUAGAUGAUUUUAUUCCGAUGUCUUUGAUGACCUGCUGUUUAUUGCCACACUCAGCACAUGGUAUAUAUUGUGGAGUAGCAUGACACCAUUAAUAGUGCCAAAAGGAGAAUUAUCUGUUUUUCCGUUUUCACCAAAGCAAACAGAAAAUAGCACGACUACUGACCCUGGCACAAAGCUACAAUUAACGAUAAUUGAUAUCGAUAUAAAUUCAUAUAUACACAUUUUAUUUACAGAAUUAUUUUAAUUCCAUUACAUUAAGUAAACACGAAAUGUGCAGACAUACACAUAAUAACAUCGUAUCUUACUAGGAGAUCCAUCAGAAUGAGGCUCCAGAAUCUAAUCAUUUGUCAAGUAAAUUAUAGAAAUUUGAGAUAUUGUCAGGGCUGGACCAGUCAUCUGGCAUACCAGGAUUUAUUUAUUGUGGGACCCCCCCCGUCCACCCCAGCAAAAUUACUGUGGGCUGAAGGGAACCCCAAACUCAUGAACGAAUUUCCAGUCCAGCCCAUAUGCUGGUCACAGUUUAUUUAGUGUGUGUAUCAGCCUAGUUCAUCUUAAACAUGGGUGGUGCUUGUUUGUGCAUUUUUAUAUUUUCAAAAUAAUUUGUCCUUCUUUCUCUAUUUCUAUCUGCCAGUUUCAUCAGGAAUUGCAUGACUUUGUGCCUGUUCAUAUGGUGUCCAGCAAGUUUCAUUGACUGUGGAGAAUUUUGAUCCAGUUCAGCACAUUCUGAUUCAGUACAAUUCAGUUAUAAUAUAUUUCAUUACAAUUAAAUUUGCUUACUUAUAUUUCAUUAGUUGAAUUCAGCAUCCUUGAAUUUACUUUAUAUUUAAAUUCACUAAAGCCCACUUUACAUUUUUGGUGUACUGUACAAUCCAAUUCAUUCCAUUCCCUUUUUACCUUGUCUAUGUGCCCAGAGUAAUUUAGAGUUAGUUUUUAUCUGUAUUAAAUUCAGAUUUGAGUGGCAGAUUUUUUCAUGUUUUGGUGUAUGUAUAAUUCUGAGGUCAUUGCUAAGCAGUCAUGUUAGACUGUUUCUUUUUUGUUUUUUUUUUGAGUGGUACAUUCUAUUCCCACAUAACCUGUCCUGUUUCUUUAUUCUCCUAUUCUUAUACUUUUGAUUACAUUGGUAUAGGAAGUGCCCAGAGAUAUAUAAUGUCUGUAUCACCUGCUCAGUCUUUUAAUAAGGCAUCCUGCCUACCCCAAGCACACCCUCCACCUCAGUAAACAAACAAACUGAGCUUAUAAUCACCUGAUAUAAAACAUUGAUUUGUGGUUACUGUUGACACACAGUCAGUGUAUGUUUUCUAUAUCAAACAAAAUUAACAGAGUAUAAAAAAAUCUGGUCCAGAACUGAUAAUAAAAAUGAUAAUAUUUCAAAAAUUAUUAUAAAUAAGUUCAAAGAAUUAUUACUCGCUCUAUCAAAUAAUUUUACUCUGAAAGAACACUCCAAAUACUGAGACUGCAUGUGAUGUUACGAAAAGUCUAAGUGAUCAAGAGUCAUUCAGAACAAAAGGCUACCUGGAGUUAGUUUAAUGGAAUACAGAUUUGCUAUUUAAAUACCAGGCACUACAUUUCAGUGUUUUGAAUCCUUAUGAAGUCUGCAGAAGCAUAUUCAAUAUAAAAAUAUUAAAUAAAGCACAUAUUAUCUAUUGAUAUUCAAAAGGAAGUGUUUUAAAACACAAGCAAUGAAGCCAAAGAAAUAAUGAAGGUCACACUGACAUAUAAAGUAGUAACCAAUUCAAAAACAAACAGACAUUAAGACAAUAAAACAUUUUUACUGUUUUAAA